CUUUCCCAGACCGUUUUCCUUGCCGGUUGGCCGGUGUUGCGGAUAUCGGUCUCCGCGUCUUGUAAAAAUAGAAUCAGUAAAAAGUUAUACUAGUUACGAGGGGAUACGAAAAAUAUGCAAAGACAAUAGACAUAGACAGAGAGAGGAUAGAGGAUAGACACCUGUUUUGUGUCAAACAUCCAAAGGUUAGAAAAAUAAAAGAAGAAAUUUCAAUUACAUUAUUCUGUUGGGUUGAAAAUUAUGUAAAAGUAAAUGAAAUCAGAGAUAUUUUGACCUGGAUACAUAAUAUAUGCCAUAACUAGUUGAAUAGAAUAAUAUUAUAACCUACAACAUAGAAACAACAUACAAUAUGGAGAAGGGCAACGUUAUUUUCCACCCUAUAAUAAGUUCGAUACAGAAAAUGGCUUUGUAUGAAACAAAAUCUAAAUAUUACUUGGUGGGGUCGAACAACACACAGACAAGGUUUAGGGUAAUAAAAAUUGAUCGUAUGGAGGCUAACGACUUGGUAAUUUAUGAUGAUAAAGUAGAAUAUACUGCUGAGGAAAUCCAAAACCUCAUUAACAUGAUAGAAGCAGGAAAUAGGAAAUCUGGAGGUGGGGGUUUUUCCAAAGUCAUAUCUGCCUUUGGGAUUGUAGGUUUCAUUAGAUUCUUAGAGGGUUAUUAUGUUAUAUUAAUAACUAAAAGAAGAAGAGUUGCUGUAGUAGGUCAUCACACUAUCUAUAAGAUUGAAGAUACCACGAUGGUUUACAUUCCUCAUGAUAGUGUUAGACUUUUGCAUCCUGACGAAACUAGAUAUGUAAAGAUGUUCCAAAAUAUUGACUUAGCUAGCAAUUUUUAUUACAGUUACAGUUAUGAUUUGUCCCAUACCUUACAGUAUAAUCUAACCAGCCCCAAAAGGUUCAUGCCAAAUAUCAAUCUGGAAGAUGAUAGUGGAGAUCUUGAGAUCAACAAUACUGAUCAUCUCUCUUCAUCUAUAGUUUCUGGCUCAACCAAUUCAGACAACCCAGAAACACAACACUAUGGAGUGAGGACACAACCUCACAAGAAGUUUGUGUGGAAUAUGCAUUUACUUAGAGAUGCGCUAAAAGCCGAACUGCAUCCUGAUUGGCUCCUCUACAUCACUCAUGGUUUUGUGGGCCAAUCCAACAUCAUCGUGUUUGGGCGUUCCAUUUAUGUGACUUUGAUUGCCCGAAGAUCGAGCAGAUACGCGGGCACAAGGUUCUUGAAACGAGGGGCCAACUUCCAAGGAGAUGUGGCCAAUGAAGUGGAGACUGAACAAAUGGUGCACGAUGCUGGAGUGUCGUAUUUCAGCCAGAGCAGGUUCACAUCUUUUGUACAGAUGAGAGGAUCUAUUCCUGGUCACUGGAAACAGGAAAUGGGCAAGAUGGUAGCAAAACCAGCUAUAACAAUAGACUUUUACGACCCCUUUGCGGAAACUGCGGGAGCCCAUUUUAACGAAUUACUAAAAAGAUAUGGCGCGCCGAUAGUCAUCUUGAAUUUAGUCAAACAAAGUGAGCGCAAAAAGCAAGAAAGACUUUUGAGCGACGAACUGAGCUCAGCCGUAAAAUAUUUGAAUCAAUUUCUACCCGUGGAGCAUCAAAUCGUAUACAAGACCUUCGACAUGGCAAGAAAAAAUAAAGGCACGAACGCAAAUGUGAUGAGGCACCUUGCAGAUAUCGCGAAGGGUGCUGUAACCAGGGUGGGAAUUUUUCACAACAAGCCGAGAUAUCAUUCACAAGAAACUAGUACUGUGAUUGGACAGUAUGAACACAAUUUUGGAAGCCUUCAAACUGGAAUCGUUAGGACAAACUGCGUUGAUUGUCUAGAUAGGACCAACACAGCACAGUUUGCUAUUGGGAAGUGUGUACUUGGAUACCAACUGUGUGCUUUGGGAAUCCUUGAUUCUCCAAAUUUGGAGUUUGAUACUGAUUGUGUCAGAAUGCUGGAAUCUUUAUAUGAAGAUCAUGGAGAUACUCUCGCGUUACAAUAUGGUGGAUCUCAGCUAGUUCAUAGAAUAAAAACAUACAGAAAAACUGCGCCAUGGACAUCUCAAGGAAAUGACAUUAUGCAGACAUUGAGCAGAUACUAUAGCAACACUUUCUCAGAUUCUGAAAAGCAAAAUGCAAUCAAUUUGUUUCUCGGGGUGUUUCAACCUGAAGAAAACCAGCCUCCUAUUUGGGAAUAUACAUCAGAUUAUUAUUUUCAUCACAAACCUAUAAUAUUUAGCUUGAAGUCGUUAACACAGUGGUGGGAUUCUGGCAUUCUUAAAAGCUUGCCUUAUGCUUACAAUGAUCUGACAAAAGCUUGUUCUGAAUUGAUCCAAGUUCAUUCCAAGCGCGUAGAAAUGAUUGAUUCUUACAAAGAUUAUUAUAGACCAUAUGAGUUGAGUGUACUUGCAGAUCUGUUCGCUCUGAAACUUUCAAAUUCUAUCCGUGAUUUUAUGCCUAGUUUCACUACGAAUUAUAGUCCCUUUACAAUACGAGUGAGGCCAGUUAGAAGGAGGGAAGAAACUUCAAACAAAGGUACUACUAUGAAAAAUCCUUCGGUUUCUGGUCAAAGCUCGACAUGUUCCACAGCUUCCAGUACUAGUUCUGGAUCUGACAAUGAAGAGUCUUCGAGAGAUGAAGAAAGUUCUUACACCAAUGACAUAUCUAACUCCAAAGAAAGUACUCCAGAACCGAUAACCUUCAGAUCACUAUUCCCAACGAUGAAAGAAGUCUAUGGAACUGAGUUAAAGUCGCCUAGUGAGGCUGAUAUUCUAACUUACAAAAAAUAUGUAUUGACGGGUAAAAGAGCUAAGGGUACUCUUACGAGUACUCCGUUCUUACAAUCUAUAGGUGUAACAUCAAGCUUGAGAUGUAUGGAAGAACCUAGUAAUGAUACAGUGUUUUCUGUAACUCCACCAACUGUCCCAAAAAGGUCAAUUGAGAUAUAUGAGAAGUAUAUCAUGGUUGGAAAAUAUGGCGGAUUUGAACCUAGUGAAAGAGAUAUGGAGUUGUAUAGAUGUUACGCUGAUCUAAAGUGAAGCAAAAUCUUUAAAAUACAAUUUCAACAAAAAGUUUCUCGAGCUCAUGGCAUUGUUAGUUCGCUGUAAACUAUUGUCUCUAAAGAGUAGAGCUGGAUCAAUUCUGGACGAGUCGUUCCAAAGGAGCGAUAUCGCAGAGAGAAUUGAAGGAAUCGAUUCCGAUUACUCCAUUCUUACAGGUGUAGCAUCUUGCAUUAAAUGUAUGGAAAACCUGGCAAUGAUAGUGUCUUCUGUAACUCCACCAACUGUUCCAAAAAGACCGAUACAUGAAAGGUAGAUUGCGGUUGGAAAAUAUGGUGAAUUUGAAAUUUGUACCUAUUGAAAGAGAUUUGGAGUUGUAUAGACGUUACGUUGAUUUAAAGUGAAGCAGAAUAUUUAAAAACCAAUUGUACCAAGAAGUUUCUCGAGCUCACCGCAAACUAUAGUGUCUAAACAGUAGAGCUGAGUUAAUUCUGAACGAGUCGUUUCAAAGGAACGAUACCUCAGAGGAAAUUGAAGGAGUCGAUUCCGAUACCAACGGUUUCGAUUCCGAUUACUCCAUUCUUACAACCUAUAGGUGUAACAUCUUGCAUAAAAUGUAUGGAAAAACCCAGCAAUGAUAAAGUGUUUUCCGUAACUCCUCUAGCUGUUCCAAAAAGGUCCAUUGAGAUAUAUGAAAGGUAUAUUAUGGUUGGAAAAUAUGGCGGAUUUAAGCCUAGUGAAAGAGAUAAGGAGUUGUAUAGACGUUACGCUGAAUAAAGUGAAGCAAAAUCUAUUAAAAACCAAUUGUAACAAGAAGUUUCUGGAGCUUGUGGUAUGGUUAGUUUACUGUAAACUGUGUUCGAAGAGUAGAGCUGGGUUAAUUCUGGACAAGUCGUUCCAAAGGAGCGAUACCGUAGAGGGAUUUGAAGAAAUCGAUUCCGAUUUCGAUGGUUUCGAUUCAGAUUACUCCAUUCUUACAACCUAUAGCUGUAGCAACUAGCUCAAAAUGAAUGGAUUUGCAAUUUGAACUCACUGAAAGAGAUAUGGAGUUGUAUAGGCAUUACGCUGAUUCAAAGUGAUGCAAAAUUUCUAAAAACGAAUUACCACAAGAAUUUUCUGCAGCUCGUAAUAUGGUUAGUUCACUAUAUAAACUUUGGUAUCUAAACAACAGAGCUGGGUUAAUUCUGGUUCCAAAGGAACGACACCGCAGAGGGAAUUGAACCCGCGCUUAAAACCAGGUUGUAUUUGAGUGAACUGAUUCAGAGAAACCGACUAAAAUCGAUUUACACUGCGGUUGUCGUUCCUUUGUAGUGCUCAUUAAAACCGAUACUGUUUUGGAAUUGGGAAAACCGGAAUCAAAAGAAAUCGUGAAUGAAUCGAUUCCGAUACCGCUAGUGAAACCAUGAAAUCGAAACACUAAAAAGAACGAUUUAGCCCAACUCUAGCAAACAGCAGAAGUGUAAUUUUGAAAAUUCGAAAGUAUAAGUAAAAUUGUUAAUUGCCACAAAAAUAUUAAAUUGUGGUAGGGAACUCAACACAUAUUGUUUUGAUCAUUAUGUAUUAUUGAAAUGAUUAUUACUGGUAUAUGUUUUCUAAAAAUACAAUAUUUUAACCAGUUUUAUGUUUUAUUGAUUUCCGAUUUAUAAAGAGUGUUUUUUUUAGAGGCGGAGAACUUUCAUUUGGCAACACUGUUUUGUGUGACAGCCGAUCUGACAGUUCUGGGUUGUUUUUAGGUUAGUUUGGUUUGGAAAUUCAUCAUGAAUAGACUGACGCCGGAG